AUGCCACCUAUUACAUUUCAGGUGCAACUACCAUUUACUACUGCUAAAAUACUCUGCAAAAGCAUGAGUCAUUGUAAUUCAGGAAAGUUAGAACGUGAGGCCGAACACCAAACGGCGCGGCUAUCUUCUGCUACUCUUCGAACUCAACCAGCAUUUACUGCGCAGACGAUACCACCACUUGCUACCAUUCAGCUAUCAUCUAAUGCACUUCAGACAAAAGCACACUUUACACCUCAAUCAGAAUUAUCCGCUACUAUCUAUGCUUCAUCAUCUCCCACGUGCAAAAACUCACGCUCUCCGCAAAUAUGCCUAGUAUGUGUGGCACGUAUUUCGGAAUUUGUCCAUAGCCAGAAAGAAGAGUCACUAAGCGCGGCAUAUGUGUUCAUCGAUAAUACGACCGUGCUGCAGUUCGCCAAUAGUGAUAGUGAGAAGAAGAAACUCGUAGACGAGUCACAUAAUAACCAACUAAAUAUGACCGAUCGUCGGAAGGAAAAGGUGUGUUUCCACCUAACAUUUGAAGAUAUUCCAUCGUCAGGACCUUCAUCACCGACACCAUCACUCCAUCGCCGACACCAUCACCAAUUCCAUCAUCGUCGACUUCAUUCUAGCUUACCCCAGGAAUUUACCUACAUGAAGAACGAAUACGAGAUUGCAGCCUGGGUCUCCGAUCAUAAACGCAUACUGGACCUUGCUAUCUCAAUUCGAAAAGCGAAGAGACAGAGAAUUGAUGAUGAUAGCGAAGACGAUAACGUUGGGAAGAUGAUUGGAAAUAAUAGGGUGGGCACGCUAGUCAUAUAA